AUGUCUCCUUCUAUUUUUAAUGACAAGUUUCAACAUCAUUUGUCACGAGAAGCCAGAGCUCGUGGAAAAGGACCCUUUCAAAUGUUGGAUCGCAUAAAGUGCAACACAGAUAUCGAUUUAAUAUCGUUUUCUGGUGGGAUUCCCCAUCCUAGUAAAUUUGCUCUUCGAAGGCUUUCAGUGCGUUUCCCAGAGCUCGGCUGCUUUCAUGAGGGCGCCGGAAAUAGUUACCCUAAAGAAGCUGAUGUCUCAUAUGACUUAGGAAGAGAUGAGAAUGAAAAUGGGUUAGAUUUUGAGGGAGCUUUACAAUAUGGACAAUGCCAAGGUAUUCCAGAGCUAGUCAACUUCAUAAAGGAGCAUGUCAAACUAGCCCAUUCUCCACCUUACAAGGAAUGGGAAAUUAAAUUGACGAACGGAAACACAAUCGGUCUCGAAUACUGUCUGAGGCUACUUAUUAACUAUGGAGAUCCCGUUCUUAUAGAGAAAUAUACAUACCCUGCUGCUAUAACUGCAAUGUCUCCUCUUGGGGUAAAUUUCAUUUCGAUUGACAUGGAUGGAGAGGGCAUGCUUCCCGAAAGCUUACAAGAAAUUAUGGAAAAUUGGGACCCUUCAAAAGGGUCACGUCCUCGUAUAUUGUAUACGAUUCCAACUGGCCAAAACCCAACUGGCAGCACUUUAUCCAUUGAUCGGAGAAAAAAAAUCAUGGUAUUAGCUCAAAAAUACGACAUCAUCAUUAUUGAAGAUGAGCCGUAUUACUUUUUGCAAAUGGACAGUUAUAAUGGAAGUACUUUGGAAGAAGGAAACCAAAAGCAAGAUAGUAUGCAAAACUCUACUGUUUUGUCCUCGUUCGUAAAGAAACUAGUACCAUCCUUUUUGAAACUUGACGUGGAAGGUCGGGUUUUGCGAAUUGAUUCUUUUUCAAAACUGAUUGCUCCAGGAAGCCGAUUAGGAUGGAUUACUGGUAACCAACUUUUCAUUGACCGCAUUACACGAGCUGCGGAGGUAUCGACGGAAAGCCCUUCAGGUAUCUCUCAAGUCACUUUGUUUGCCAUCUUAAAUCAUUGGAAACAAGAAGGAUUCUUCCUGUGGUUGCAAGAGUUACAACGUACUUACACUAUCCGCCGAAAUGCUUUGCUUGAAUCCGCAAAUAAACACCUUCCAAAAAGUAUAUGCUCUUAUAAAGCUCCAAAGGCUGGUCUGUUCUUAUGGGUUGAGAUUAAUAAAGAUCGUUAUCUUUUUGACAGUAAAAACAAGUCUGUUUCUGAUAUUGAAUUGGAAAUCUUCGAGGCACUUUUGCAAAAGGGAGUGAAACCCAUUUGUGGACAGUUAUUUAUGGCUUAUCCCGAUAAAAACGAUCAAAUUUUUUUUCGGUUUGCCUAUUCCAUUGCCCCUGUUGAUAAAUUUGAAAUGGGACUGCAAAGGUUCGCUUCAACUCUAAAAGACUAUUUUAAAUUUGAUGAAAAAGAAUUACAAGCUAUAUCAUAG